AUGGAAGUCCCGGAACAAGACAAAGUUCAGCAACUUGCGGGAUUGCCAGAAUUGCUAAUAAAAGUGUUGACGGACGAGAAAUAUAAUAAAGAGAAACACAUCAGAUUGGAUGCGGCUGCAUUGCUGUUAACGACAUUCUGUCACGUCCUCUACUCUCCAGAUGUAUAUCUAAAGCUGGCAAAAGCUAGUUUGUACCUAAUAAAUGAUGAAGACGAGGAUGUCCGCGCUGUCUAUAAGUCUGCUUUUAAAGUCAUAGUGUCCAGCGCACUGUCAUCUGAGUUGGUUGACGACAUCUUUGUCGAGCAGUUUUGCAAAUCGUAUCCACUAGACUGUGACCAGACAAUGGCAGAAGCUUCCAACAUUUUUGUAGUCUUAGCAGCCAAGCAUUCAAGAUGCCCCCGACUUGCUGAGCAAUCAUUGCACCAGCUGUUCGUUCGAGCGUUGCGUUAUCCUGGUUCUAUCAGUAUAUUCGAUGACUGCAAACUUACAGUACAACAAUUAGCUGCGCAAGAGUUCAAAGAAGGUCGAGAUGUACGGCGCUUUUUCGCUCGAAGGAAGAGGGUCAGUUGAUA